AAGAUCCUGGAGCUACAGCCGCCAUCGCCAUCGACCACCACAUCGACCACAACCUCAACAGUUCACGACCACAACCGGGAAGACGACGAAAACGGGAGUGUUUUGGAGUCACUCAGCGGUGACGCAACCUUUUAUGGUACGGGUGUUUGUCAACCAAUGCUGAGGAGUGCCAGUGAAGAGGCCCUUCCCCCAAGCACUGCCUCCACAGCUGCAGACGGCCAACAACUACUGCACUCUUCCGCGCCAUUGGAUCGAAAGAGUCCAAAGACAAUAUCGAGGUUUACCGUAACCCUCGUCCACAAAGAGACCAAAGAGUCCAAAGACAACAAACACCACAAGGACACCACCCCUUCCCCCACCACUCCAACCACACCAACCACUCCAACCACUCCCACGCAAUCCAAACACAAAGACCACAAGAAGGCUAAGAAGAAGAGCAAGAAAAAGUAUCCGGAAUAUAAAGUGUGA